GGUUUUAUUUUAUAUUCAGGGAUGCUGACAUUCCUCGGGAUUGACGUAGACAAGGAAGUUUACCCCUGGAUGGUAGUGGUCGUGUUGCCCAUUAACUCGGCUCUAAAUCCUAUCCUGUACACUCUGACGUCAGUCCUCAGGAAUAAGAACCAAAAGGAAGCAGUGCAAGUCAUGCAACUGAAAACGCAACUGGCUAUGUUGAAGGCGAGAGUCGAAUAUAAAGGUGCGAUUAGUACAAGUACGGACACGGAUACCGUCCUAGAUCGAAUCAGUGAAAAUGAUCACCCGGAAGUUAACUCGAGAAAUCAAAGUAACAAUCCGGAAGUUAACUCGAGCAGUCAAAGCAACAAUCCGGAAGUUAACUCGAGCAGUCAAAGCAACAAUCCAGAAGUUAACUCGAUCAGUCAAAGCAACAAUCCGGAAGUUAACUCGAUCAGUCAAAGUAAUCAUCCAGAAAUAAACUCAAGCAGUCAAGAUGAUCAUCAGGAAGUUAACUCGAGCAGUCAAGAUGAUCAUCAGGAAGUUAACUCGAGCAGUCAUCCGGACGUUGAAUUGAGCAGUCUAAAGUAUCCUCCAGACGUUGAAUCGUGACAGUAAAAAUAAUCAUCUAGACGACGACUUGAAGACAGAACACGAUAUGUGCACGACCCACCCCCCCACCCCACCCCCAGAAAGCAGCAGAAGCUCUUGAAUGUAUUUUUUUCUCAUUAGUAUUUUGUUCUGUACUACUAUUGUCACGAUGUAAGUUUACGCUGAUUUAAGGAAUUUCUUUUAUCUUGGCAUCAAAUUUAUUGAAACUGAAGCGUAACAGACCGGGAAGACCUCACGUGUUAUUUACGUUUGAGGUAUAAAUAUUACGCACUGAUAGUCAUGCACAUGAAAAAAAAAAUGUUGAAAACCAUGCACAUACAUGCAUUUUGACUUAAGAUAUCCGACCCAUAACCACCCCCACCCCCAUUUUUUCCCAAGAAUUAAUUGUUACGUAUUACAAAACUUGGUAUAAAAUGGAAGAUAAUUAACAUACACAGUGAUUCACCAUAAGAAUUUUCAAAAUUGACAAGACAUAUAAGAAAUAUCUGUAGGCUAAUAGAGAUUAACAUUAAUCCCUAUGAGAAAAACACAUUUCUGACAUAUAAAGUCAUUUAGAAUAUAAUUUCCAAAGAAAGCUCAUAAUGAAAAUAUUCUCAUUACCACGGUCUUUCAAAUUAUGCAAAGAAAAGUAAACAUCACCAAAGAAAUUAGGAAAAAAUAUAUAUUUUUCUACAGGUCUACGAUCCCGUGGGGAUCCGGGUUAGAAUACAUCCUCAGUACCCCUUGUUUGUCGUACGAGGCGA